GCUAGAAGAAUGCCCUUGACUGAUGUGAAAACCAAACGUGUCGUGCAGUACCGCACUGACUCGGUCAUCUCAUUACAUAGCUGUACAAUAAAGUCAUUCUCAUACAGUGUUGUUUUCUAUUCAAAUAAAAAUUUGGUCACAGUAAGUCAUGGAAGAUUUAAAAGAGAAAGUUUUCCUUAUUACUGGCGCUAGUUCAGGCAUUGGAGCUGGGAUAGCCAUCUAUUUAUCAAAGAAAACUACUGCAAAACUCGCACUUGUUGGAAGGCAAGAAAAAAAUUUAAAACGAAUCUCUUUGUACUGUGAAAAAUCCAGCGGAUUAACACCCUUGGCCAUAAUCGCUGAUAUCACAGAAGACUCGGAUGCCGAGAGAGUGGUCAAUGAGGCUGUUGAACACUUCGGUAAGAUUGACGUGUUGAUAAACAAUGCGGGUGUUAUUGGCAUGGGAGGUAUAAAAAACUCCGAAAUGGAGAUUUACGAUAAAGUUAUGAAUACUAACAUGAGAUCUGUUUAUCAUCUAACUAAACUAGCAACACCACACCUCAUUGAAACCAAGGGUGCCAUCAUCAACAUUUCAUGCAUUGCCGGAAGUAGACCGAGUACUAUGGCUUUGGCUUACAACAUUUCCAAGGCUGCAUUAGAGCAUUUUACAAAAUGUGUUGCCUUAGAAUUAGCGCCAGACGGCGUAAGAGUCAACUCUAUAAGUCCUGGUUUCGUAAAUUCCAAUUUGUUGAAAGAUAUCGGAUUGUCGGCUGAUCAAUUGGAAAUAUUUGUAAAGAAUGUCGUGGGUAACAUGCCACUAAAGAAGGCGGUGGAAAAUGGAGAAAUUGCAGCCUUAAUCGCAUUUUUAGCAAGCGAUAGUGCGAAAAGUAUUACUGGAUCUAAUUACGUCAUUGAUGGUGGCAGUAUGCUACGUUAACUCGCUUGAAAAGAAUUAAGUUACACCAAUCUAUAUUGCAGACAGGAAAAAAAGGUUGCACACGCGUUAUAAAACGAGUGGGUUACUUACCUCUUUGUGUAGCAGCUCAGAGUUAAAUCUGAACACAGCAAAAUGGUCCAUUUAUCCUAGUUAUUCAUAUGUAUAAACAAUUAAGUAUUUAUUUAAAUAACAUUUAUAUAGUUCUAGUCAUCAAGAGUGAUGGAUCAUAAAUAGUGAAGUAGUAGGCAUUAUAUAAAUAUUUAUCAAAACUACAAUCUUAUAAUCGUCGUUAACAUUAACUUCGCAACAUAGACUAUUUAAUUUUAUUCCUUGAUAAUAAUUCAGUUACAUAAGUAGAACUUAAUCAAAUUCUUCAAUUUGUACGCAAUCUUGGGAGUGUACAAUGUUUCCCAAACUUAUUUUG